UCUAUUUUCCAACAUAUUUUCUGUCCUGUUUGCUCAUUGAAUACCAAAGGUUUCUUCUUUCCCAAGUAAAAGAUGAUAAAGAGGCAAUCUUAUAAACUCAUUCUUUGUCAAGAAUACGACGUAUUGAUGAUAUGUUCUUUAGUUUCUGUCCUUGAAUCCAUCGAGUCCCUGUAGACUUGUAAGUGACCUGUUCAAAGAAACAUGAACUCGAAGUUCCAUUACAAGGAGUAGAAACACCCAUCUUUCAUAAUGUCUGAAAUGUUUUCCAUAUGAAUGAAUACAGAUAUUUCUUGUCGUCUCUUCAGGUUCCGAACAUGUCGUCGUGGACUUCAUCCCGGUUUCUGUACGAGGAAACCAAGCCAUGGGGCAUUCAGUUCCUGGAACGGCUCAAACCCUCAGGAAGACUCUCCUUCAAGAACUACCAAGCCAUUGUCUUUGUCCUGACCUUCGUCUCUUACACCGCCUUCCACGCUUCCCGAAAGCCUAACAGCAUUGUCAAGGGCACACUUACCGACCCCUCAACUGGACACUUCAACAGGGCUGACGGGAGAGGGUGGGCCCCGUUUGAUGGCUCGGAUGGACCCGCCUUGCUUGGCCAGAUAGACUUGGCUUUCCUCUCGGUCUAUGCCAUUGGGAUGUUCGUCGCUGGCCACUUGGGUGAUAUGUUAGACCUCAGGACGUUUCUGACAAUAGGAAUGAUCGGGACAGGACUGUUCACAGCCCUGUUUGGGGUCGGACAAUGGGCCAAUAUCCACAGCUUCUACUAUUUCCUUGGGGAUCAGACCCUUGCAGGAUGGUUCCAGUCAAUCGGGUGGCCUUGUGUGGUCGCCCUUUUGGGGAAUUGGUUCGACAAGAGGAGGAGAGGAAUGAUCAUGGGAAUCUGGAGUGCUCACACAUCGCUUGGCAACAUCAUCGGGUCCCUGAUCGCGUCUGGUUUGCUGAAAUACGGCUGGGGAUGGUCUUUUGUGGGUCCUGCAUUGCUCAUAACUUUUCUAGGUAUUGUGGUGUACCUUUUCCUGCCGGUGAAUCCUUAUGCUGUGGGGGCCGAGAGAGAUGGGACUGAAGUGGAUUCCACGAUGAGGCUCGGGGACACUAUCUCAGAGAGCCUACUAGUGAGCUCUCGGAUGAGCACCGGACUUGACAGGAGAGCUGUCGGGUUCUGGUCCGCUUGGAAAAUUCCCGGUGUCGCUCCUUUCGCCCUCUGCCUCUUCUUUACCAAGUUGGUUUCUUACACUUUCCUCUACUGGCUUCCCUUCUAUGUCAGCCACACCGAGAUUGGAGGAGAGUAUCUGUCGGAGGAGACAGCGGGAAACUUGUCUACCCUCUUUGACGUGGGAGGCGUUGUUGGAGGGAUCCUAGCAGGAUAUGUCUCGGAUCAACUCGAUGCCCGAGCCACUGCAGCAGCAGGAUUCAUCUACUUAGCCAUCCCGGCUCUUUUCCUCUACAGAAUCUAUGGCCACAUCUCCAUGGCCAUCAAUGUCAUCCUCAUGUUCAUAGCUGGAAUGUUUGUCAUCGGUCCCUAUGCUCUCAUCACAACUGCUGUCUCGGCUGAUCUCGGUACCCAUAAAUCGCUGAAAGGCAAUGCCAGGGCUGUGGCUACUGUUACCGCUAUUAUAGAUGGGACAGGUUCCAUUGGAGCCGCCAUCGGACCGGUCCUCACGGGUUACAUCUCUGCCAUCAGUUGGAGCGCAGUGUUUUACAUGCUGAUGGCCGCAGCAUUCGUCUCGGGGUUAUUGCUUACAAAGCUUGUCAUUGCAGAAGUGCAAGCUAAGCUGUCUGGAUCAGCUGAUGAAGAGGCCAUAUCUGCACCUUUAUCCAGACCUCCCAUUGAUGUCCUCACCUGACCUGAAGUCCCUUUUCCUGCUGUUUCAUCUGGUGUUUUGUGUUAAGGUUUCUGGGUGUCUUCCAAAUUUUCACAAGAGAGAUUCUUGUCUCGACUCUCGACUCUUUUGUUCAUCUGCAUUUCUUCGGUCUUUUGCCAGUUUUCUGAAGGUGUGAAUGCGAAAAAUAACUCUCCCUGCUGAAGUUCCACAAUGUUUCAAAGGAAGACAUUUCCUGAAACCAAAGUUAUAUAUCUUUGAAACAAAACCUAUAUGCCUAACCCAGAAGAGGCACUUGACGAUGAACAACUACUUCUCUAUCUACAGCAGAACAACAACUCUAACUGAGUUCCAAAAACAUCU